UAUUGCGCUAAUGUGUACGAUUGUUAUGAAGUGUUGCCUGUUGUGCUUGUCUUUGUAGUAGAAAAAUUUUCCAAUACCAUAUUAGAAGAAAGUUUUAUUGAGAAAGAAAGUGCUCCAUAUAUUCUAAAAACUCAGUGUAAAUAUUGGGCGAAGUCAGCUAAUUUCGUUUCAGCCAAGUCAAUUGAAAAUUAUAUUCAAGACUCCAUGGACCCAUUUGUGGCACUUACCUAUUUCACCUCAUCGCAAGCACAAAACUUGAAAUCGCUAACGUUUGCUGCUGAUUCGACGGUACGCUUUCUGUGGUCUAUAUGUCAAAAAAACAUGAUGAAGAAAAACCAGAAUGAAAUAUAUCAGGUUCUUGAUCAAGCUACAAACAAAGUACAAGAAAUAAUCGAAAUACAAGAUGAAGAACCUAUUCUGAUGCUGGAAAAAACCAAAAACUUUGCCAAAGAGUUCCUAGGAAUCAUUGAGGGCCAGAAAAGAAAGUUAAAUGAAGAAUAUGAACUAGAUCUACAAGCCUUAGAGGCACAAAAGAAAAAAUAUACAACAGAAGAUUUUCUUUUUAUCGAAAGCAUGUCAGUACCAAACAAGUCAAGAAACUGGAAAAAGAUUUUUGAUGCAGGAAAAAUCAAAGGAUUAUUUAACUCUUAUACCUCAGCAAACUCUUUAAAUUCUAGGUCGAAAGAAAUUUCUCGCAAGAAUUUCUUGAGACCGUCAGAACAAAAUAGGAAAUGUUAUUAUGCUAAUCCAGAGUACCAAAAGAGUCAUUUGCAUCAAAGAAUUCAUUCUGGCUAGACAGAACCGUAGAGGUGAAGUCCACUUGCGCCAUUUGGUUACGUUGGUAAUUGUGAUGUUUGGGUUGUGAAUGAAGAUAGAAUAGAAGAUAGAAAGAAAACAAAGAAAUACAGUGAGACUGUUCAGUACUUCUUUAUUACAAAAAUAAAUUGAUUGUUCUCUAAAAUAUA